UCAGCAACCUUCCUCGAUAGCAUCAUGGCCACCCAGAUCUGCACCCCGACCUUCUCUGCUGGGUCUGCCAAGGGCCUCUGUGGCACUGCAGGGAGCUUCUCUCGGAUAUCUUCCAUCCAUUCCAUGGGUUCCUGCAGGGCUCCCAGUUUGGUUGGCACUGUGGGGUCCAUGUCCUCCUUCAGGACAGGCUUCUCUGGCCCUGGGAGCUGCUUGCCAGGCUCCUACCUGUCCUCUGGGUGCCACUCCUCUGGUUUUGCUGGGAGUGGGGGAUGGUUCUGCGAUGGCGCCUUCAAUGGCAAUGAGAAGGCAACCAUGCAGAUCUUGAACGACCGACUGGCCAACUACCUGGAGAAGGUGCGGCAGCUGGAGCAGGAGAACGCACAGCUGGAGUGCCGCAUCCGAGAGUGGUACGAGUGUCAGAUCCCAUACAUCUGCCCGGACUACCAGUCCUACUUCAAGACUGCCGAGGAGUUGCAGCAGAAGAUCCUUCUGACCAAGUCUGAGAAUGCCAGGCUGAUAUUACAAAUUGACAAUGCCAAGCUGGCUGCUGAUGACUUCCGGACCAAGUAUGAGACGGAGUUGUCCCUGCGGCAGCUGGUAGAGGCUGACAUCAAUGGUCUACGCCGGAUCUUGGAUGAGCUGACCUUGUGUAAGGCUGACCUGGAGGCACAGGUUGAGUCCCUGAAGGAGGAGCUGCUGUGUCUCAAGAGGAACCAUGAAGAGGAGGUCAAUGCCCUCCGUUCCCAGCUUGGGGACCGACUGAAUGUGGAGGUGGAUGCUGCUCCCCCAGUGGAUCUCAACAAGAUACUGGAUGACAUGCGAUGCCAGUAUGAGACUCUGGUGGAGAAUAACCGUAGAGACGUGGAGGCUUGGUUCAACACUCAGACCGAGGAGCUGAACCAACAGGUGGUAUCCAGCUCAGAGCAGCUGCAGUGCUGCCAGACAGAGAUCAUUGAGCUGAGGCGCACAGUCAACGCCCUGGAGAUCGAGCUGCAGGCUCAACAGAGCAUGAGGAAUUCUCUGGAAUCUACCCUGGCUGAGACAGAGGCCCGCUACAGCUCCCAGCUGGGCCAGAUGCAGUGUCUGAUCACCAACGUGGAGUCCCAGCUGGCUGAGAUUCGUUGCGACCUGGAGAGGCAGAACCAUGAGUAUCAGGUGUUACUGGAUGUCAAGGCCCGGCUGGAGUCAGAGAUUGCCACCUACCGUCGCCUGCUGGAUGGGGAGGACUGCAAGCUUCCUGCCCACCCUUGUUCCACGGAAUGCAAGCCUGCUGUAAGAGUGCCUUAUAUCCCUUCUACAACCUGCACUCCAGCUGGGCCCUGCACCCCAGCUGGGCCCUGCACCCCAGCUCCUCAAGUCAGCACCCAGAUCCGUACCAUCACCGAGGAGAUCAGGGAUGGAAGAGUCAUCUCCUCCAGGGAGCACGUGUUGCCCCGGGCAAUGUGAGCAGCCACCAGAGGGGCCUAGGCCACAGGAAGGAGGACACCUUGUGGCUCUUGGCAGCUAAAUGAUCUUGCACUUCUCUAGGGCCCUCCUUGCUUAGCAGGUUUUUCUACUCAAAUUCAUCUAUUGUUUCUGGUCUUAACUGUGCUUUUUACGCCAUGCAAAACCAGGUUCCCCUGGAAAUAUUCCCAAUAAAGUGUUCUCUUGGCAUAGCAAA